AGUAAAAAUGUUUAUAAAUAAAUAAACUUUUGGUCAGCAUGCCAUGUGUUGCUUGAAUGUCGAUAUAAAUUCUGAAUUAUAUUUUUAAUUCUAUGAUAUAAAACUGAAAAAUGUCUGGAGAAACUGCAUUAGCUAGACAGUUGAAGAAAUUAGCAGCUCCACAGUCGAGUUUGCUUUUACAAAACAGACUUAGAAAAUCAUUGCUGUUUGAUCCUGGAUACGCCGCCACAUUAGAUCGUGAUAUAAUUUUUGCCUAUGGAGUGUGCGGUAUAGAGAAACUAACAGAAAUAAAUCCUCUUUUUUCCAUAUAUAAGGAAAGUUUGUUCAACAACAAUUUUUGCGAGUUAGAGCGAUCUGUACAAACAGCUAGCAUUAAUAAGAAAUUGGAUGACAUCAUCGAACAGUUCCUUCGGAUGCUUUCUCCAUACUUUUUAAAUGCAGCAUCAGCCCAAGCUUUAGAGUGGUUGAUCUUUAGGUAUCAUAUACAUCUCUAUAAUACUGAUGAAUUGAUUGCCUGUGCCUUACCUCAUUUUAAUACCUCACAUUUUGUGCGUGUUAUACAAAUAAUAAGUCUAGAGGAUGAUAAAUCACGAUGGUUUUGGUUGAAAUCAGUACAGAAAUCUGGCCAGCCCUUAGAAUACCCUGUUAUUUUGAACCGGUUUAUUACGGAUGGUGGUUUUAAAACUUUUGUGUGUGAUUUGGCCCCAAAUGUGCUUAAAGUGUAUGAAGCAGAUGCAUCCGUUGCCACUACAGUUGUAUCCUUUUCAAUGCAAAUCCUAUAUGAUGCCAUCAACAAAAAAUCUAAAAUGGACGAUGGUGACUUAGUGUCUUAUAUACCUUACAUUGUAAAUGCUCUCAGAUCGGACUUUAAUAAGUAUACAGCUGCUGCCUAUCUUGUACUUUCAUCUAUCUUAACAAAGGUGAGCAUUGAUGAUAAACCUUUAACUGAUUUGUUAAUGAAAGUGUUUGAAAAAGUUGACGAGGAUCUCCUAAAAAGUGCUUUUGAACUCUUGUUAAUUGCAUACCAGUAUCAACCUGUUAAGAGUAUGGAUAAAAAGCUUCUGUUCUUGAUUCUGUCUCAAACAAAAUGCAUUGAUUAUUUAUUGAGGUUAGCAGAAUAUGAUAUGCAACCUCUUUUCGGGGCUAUUAUUAAGAGAUCGAUCAGUACUAUCUUUGAACUGUGUGCGAAAAAUUCCUUGUCUUCUAAAUUUAAGAUGUUGAUCAAGUUUUGUGCAAAAGUGCUGAAUGAAGUCAAAUUGCCUGAAAAAUUGGUCACGUUGCUACUGAGUCUUAUUGUACAGAACUUUUUUAAACAUAUCGGCGUGAAGAAAAAGAUGAAUAAAGAUGUCAGAAAACGUGCUAAGAUAAUGAUUAGGAAAAUAGAAAUUCAAUAUCCUGAAAACUUAGAUAAAUUUAUCAACAAGUUUCUUUCCAAAAACGAUGAGAAAAUCUGUCAAAGAUUUAUGAAACUGAUUAACUUUUCUGUCUGUGGCAUUAAGAGUUCCAUUGUACAGGGAUCUCAAACUUCUCUUAUACUUGGAUUAAAUCAUGCCAAUGAAGACAUAAGGAAGAUUUCUGUUGGGUUUUUAAUACAGAAGGCCAUUGCUCAAGAAGUUGACGAUUCUCAUUUUGUGAAAGAGAUUUUACAAUCUAAACUUUUCGACGACUCACCCUCUGUUGUUUUGGAAGUUUUAAAUAAUACAGAUGUUCUUUUCGAGUAUGUUGAAAAAGCCGACAUUAUCUCAGGAUUGUCUCAUGUGUUGCAAAGAUUGGUCAAAAAGUCUUCUCCUUGGUAUCCUGUUCAGAUGGCUUCUAUCGAUGUCCUUUGCAACCAUUUCGCACAUGAAGAGUUUUCGUUAGAAGUUUUUAUUUGCCUGUUGCCUUUCAUUUUCCCACUCAAGAAAUCAGCCAAUGAGGGUUAUUUAAAAAUUUUGAAUUCUAAUUAUGGCUCAAAGCUCAGUCCUACUCAGAGGGUAGGACUCAAUUGUUCAACAAUAUAUGCUAUCAAUGCGUACAUAUCAUCUUUAUCUACGUCUGAAAAGUCCAUGUUUCUUGCAUUACUCUCAGAAAGAUGUAUUAAAACAUCGUCCUAUAGUUUGUAUGUGAUUUACAUUCUUUCUGCAGGACAUGCUAUUGUUUCCGAAGAGAGACUGGAAGAAAUAUCAGUUUGGAUUCAACAACUGCUUUGUUUAAUCAACCAAUUGCUGUCUCACUCGUCAUUGGAUUUUGAUAAAUUUGAUGAGAAAUCCACAGAAGAAGAUUUUGUAAAAAACAUAUCGAAUUGUUUGUCAAAAGAGCAAUUUCCUAUUUCCGCUAUUUACACUACUCUCCACGGUAUAGUGAAAUACAUAAAAUUAAACUUUAAUAAACAUUUCAGCAUGUGGCUCCCCAAUGAUGGCCGUUCACCUCAGGUUUUAUCUUUCAAGACACUAAUGUAUUUGUUUGAAUUUUGCAUUCUGCAAAUGAAUUCAAAGAACAGGCUGUUGUCAGAAGCGUUCCAUACUAUAUUCUCCCAAUUGAUAAGCUCCCAAUUCACAUCUCUCAAAGAAAUGUUUGCCUUUUUAUCCGUUCUGUGGUCCGACAUCCCAGAGAAAUUCGCUGCGGAGAUUCAAGUCACCUCUUUCUGCAUGGCCAAAUCAUUUUCUCAGGUGUCUUUCAGUUAUUCUUGGUGUUUUGAAAAUAUUCCUCUAUGCCUCAAUCUGAUGAACGCUGUGUCUUCGCCUUUGCAAGUCAUUAGAGAUCAUGCUUUGAGUUUAAUAUCUCUUCUUUUACAGAACUCUGAGGAUUGUGUAGUGCCAUUGAGACGUUUGUUUCGAGAAAUUUUUGAACACGCUGAAGAAAUAUGUAUUGAUCAAGAGCAAUUUUACGGAGUCCUAUCGGGGUUCUUCAAACCUGCUUGCGAUCUUGUAAACUUUGAAGAUAGGUCCAAACUUUCACAUGACCUUAAUGUGAAAUGCAGUAUUCUUCUAAGUUUUUUGGAAGUACUUAAUUGCGAUUUGACUCCUCUCAUCAUCAAAUACAAACUGUUGAAAUUUUUUCAAUAUUUAGAUAGUGUAAAUAUUCUCACUACUUGCAUUCCUCUUAUGCGUAAGUUUUUGAAUAUCUUGGAGCAAACAGAAGAUGAAACUAUCUUGAAUAUAAUGGAACUGCUUAUAAAAAAGUACACUCCUAAGACAGCUCUAAGUUUAAAAGAAAAUUGUAAAGAAAGUGAUGUGUUACUGGAAUGUUUAACUUUUUCACAUGGUUCCUCAAAUGAAAGAAACAUUCAAAAAUUCACUCUGAAUGUUCUAUCUAAGGACUUUUUCUCUUCUAUUCCAUCUAUAUUUAUCCAGAAAAAGAUACUUAGAACUUUAUUGGACCUUUAUGCAACCCCCUCUGGUAACUUAGCUGUUAAAAAAGUGCUUACUAAGCUGUGUACUUUUGUGCAUUUGAUACUGAAAGAUUUCUUAAGUGAUGGUGGUCUUGCGACGUUGAAAGAUGUUAAGAAAUCGAGAAAUGAUGUAACACAAGGGACGGAUUGGAGAAAGCUCUCUUUACUUCUAGAGAUAAUUCAAAAUAAGUCAAAACUCAGUAAAAUUGACCAAAUUAUUCCAGAACUGUUUGCUAUUUUAAAUAAGACCUUAAGCUCUGACAAUCAGUCAUCAAUCGAAUAUCUCAGACAAUUGCUUUUGUCAUCUAUUUAUAAUUGCUGUCAACAGCUUGGAAGUAAAGGUUUAAAUGAGAGUCAGUUUCAAGUGGAACUCAUCGUUCAAUGCAUAAGAUCAUCUAAGAAUCCUAAAACGCAUCAGCAAUCCCUGUUACUUUUGAACCUGGCAGCGAUGUUACUUCCUGAGUAUGUCUUAAAAAAUGUCAUGUCUAUUUUUACAUUUAUGGGCUCUAAUCUUAUUCGUCAGGAUGACAGCUACAGUUUUCAAGUAAUUUCUCAAACGAUCGAGACUAUCGUUCCGUCUUUGCUCGAAGCAAGUUCUCACCAAAAAGAUGCAGAUCCCGUCCAAAUAGUUGGUGAAGUCAUUCGUGUGUUUGUUGAUUCGUUGACCGAUAUCCCUCAACAUCGCCAGAUGCCUCUUUUCACCAAGUUGAUUUCAACCUUAGAUCCAUCUCAGUUUUUAUGGCUACCUUUAGGACAAAUAUGUGAUCAGUAUGCGACUCUUUUUCAUGACUUGCUCUCACAAGAUUCCAAGAGUUUGAAACUCUCCCCUACUUUGGAAUUUGCUGUCAAUUUUCACAAGCAAUUCACGCCUAUAGUUCAAAUCAACACUUGUAUCAACUUACUUGUAUUUUUGAUUCAGUUGCCUGAUACUAAAGAGGAAGCCAAUGAAAAUUAUGGCCACUUUAAAGAACCAUUUAAUGUUGCCAAUCAUACGAAUGAACAGCUUCAAAUUUACAAGCACAAUGUUAUUUCCUACAUUAAUAUUUGGUUAUCAUCCAAUACAUUUAUCACCCAAGUUUCUGAAUUAGACUCUAACUCUCAAUCUAAUCUUGACUCUAAAUAUGUUGUGUUGCUGGAAAAAGCUUUAACUUAUUUGCAGCGUCAGUCGAAUAAGAACUCGGAGUGCAAUGUUUUCCCUCUUCUCGUUGAUUUGGUUUGCCACGUGAAUUCUAUGUUGCCUCCUCGGCAAUUUAUUAAAGCCCUGCGAACCUUACUGGAUCACUCCGAGCCAAUCAUUAAAAAUAAAGCGGUUGAAAUCCUAAAUGCUAAAUUAGAGAGCCAUUAUCACCAUGAUUUGUCCAAAGAGGAAAACCAUAAGUAUUUGCUUAAGCUUUUGAAACCACUUUUAAAAUUAUUCAAAGAUUUGAGUGUUGAGCAAGAGAAUAACAAAAUAAGCCAACAAACUAUUCUCUAUUCUUUACAUUUACUGACAAAAAUUAUUGGCUCGUUAUAUCCUUCAAAAUUUUAUAAAGUGUUGAUUGUGACUGUAAACAUAUUAAAUAGCAAUCAAAGCCAAGAACUAACUGUUAAUGCAUUACUAUGUCUUGCACAACUGUGUUCAUCUCUAAAUGUUGAGGUACUUCCUCAACUAAAUGAGUUUAUGCCAGCUAUUAUAAAUAUGUUGACUGACAGCAAAGCGUUAGAUAUGUCCGAAUGUCUUAUUAUGGGAAUUGUUGCUACUUUGCAAAGUUUGAUCGAGCAUUUAGGCUCCUUUUUAAGUAGUUACAUGCAGGAGUUGGUAACUGGCAUUUGCCUGUUGUCAUCUAAGUGCAAACAGGCUGGUAAGAAGAAUGCUUAUGAAAAAUUUCUCUCUCUUCAAGCAUUGUUAGCCAAGGAAAUGCCUUUGCGAAUUUUGUUAACAGCUUUAGACAACAGCUACUCGUCCCUUCUGAUUAUUUGUCCCAGUUCAGUCGUUUCGGUGGCUCAUAUUCUGAACGAAAAGUUACGUGCUUGUGAUUAUGAAGACGUUAAAGCCGGUUUAGUUUCGAUUGAAAAGUUGUGCCUCUCUCUUUUGGCCUUCAGGAGCACACAAGGGAAGAAAGCGUGCUUGACUUUCGAUUCAAUAUCUUCUGUAGAAUCCGGCAUUAUGGAUGUGUUGAAAACGUUUGUCAUGAAAUUAUCUGUAAGUUUGUUUGAAAAGUUUUUCAAAAAGAUAUUCCAGUGGGUUUCGAAUGUCGAAGAGGACGAAGAACGAAAAUGGCGAUUGUUCACAUUCUAUCACCUGACGUAUGAACUUUCGAACUGUUUGAAAAACUUGUUUGUCGUUGUGGCUAAAUGCUUCUUGCGACAUUCUGCUGCUCUGUUGAACUCCAGUAAUUGUCCAAAGGACGCAAGUUUAUAUGGAGAUGGUGCUAUCUUUUCCCAACUAUUGUCUAAUGUUCUUGAUACUCUUAAUAACUGCUUUAUGUAUGAUGAUGGCCAUCUUUUAGAUAAAGAGCACUUUGAGUUGCUGAUGCAGCCUUUAAUCGACCAACUGGAAAAUUGCUCAGACGCUGAUCCAGAAAGGUUCAGCAAACACUUGUGUUCCUGUAUUGCACAUUUUAUGAACGCUGUGUCCGACAGUUCAUUGUGGAAAAAGGCAAAUUACCAAAUUCUGUUGAAAACGAGACACAGUUCUGCCCGUGUACGAUUCAGUGCCAUUCAAGUUGUUCGUGAAGUUGUCCGAGUGAUGGGUGACAGUUAUCUUGUAUUGCUACCUGAAUCGAUACCUUUCCUUGCUGAAGUAAUGGAAGAUGAAAGCUCAGAAGUGGAACAGGAAUGCCAAUCAGUCAUUUUAGAAAUGGAAAAAAUUUUGGGAGAACCCAUUAGGAAAUACUUUUGAGCGUGUAAAUGAUUAAUAAAUUUUAUAGCAAUUCAAGUUUAA